UCUUCCCGAGCACUACCACCCUCCUCCUCCAGAGAUUAUUUCCAACCUGAAUUCCACCUCAACAGUUGAGCUUCAAUUCACCUUCAACAAUUGUCAAACAAAAAUAUCAAUAAAGUAUUGGACUAUCCGUUCUUUUAUUCCCUAAGAGUCUCUUUCAAGACCCGAGCAUAAUGCGUCCUUUGAAUGACAGUGGCUUUGUGGAUGCGGAGGACGUGGCGAGAGAUGAGAAUCUGGCCAAAGUAGAGAUCGCGCUGCUCAGUGUCAUCUUCGUCAGCGCCGCCAUCCUCAACUCCGCGGUGCUGCUCGUCCUAUGGAGACAGCGCAAACAGAUGUCCAGGAUGCGGGUCUUCGUGUUUCACCUGUGCCUGGCGGACCUGGUGGUCGCUUUCUUCCAGGUGUGUCCGCAGCUCAUGUGGGACAUCACAGACAGAUUCGCCGGGCCGGACCUGAUGUGCCGCCUGGUGAAGUACCUGCAAGUUCUUGGCAUGUUUUCAUCGACUUACAUGAUCGUGGUGAUGACAGUGGACAGGUACCAAGCUGUCUGCAACCCUAUGGUAAAGUUUCAGCGGACACGCACAAGACUGAACAUCCCCGUGUGCGUUGCCUGGGGUAUUUCUCUGCUGGGCAGCCUGCCACAGGUUUUCAUUUUCUCACAGGUCGAGGUUGCACCCGGUGUGCGUGACUGCUGGGCAAAAUUCAUCCAGCCCUGGGGGCUGCAGACCUACAUAACCUGGACCACGCUGGUCAUCUUUGUUUUACCUGUUAUCACAAUUCUUGUGUGCCAAGUGCGCAUCUGCCGGGCCAUCCAGAUGAACCUGUACCAAAAGACCCAACAGCGGGGCGUCGUGGGACUCCAGCUGCCAUCCAGAGCCAGUGGUGUGGCCGGCAUGUCCAAAGCCAGGGUCAAGACGCUGAAGAUGACGGUGGUUAUCGUGUUGGCUUAUAUUGUCUGCUGGGCUCCCUUCUUCACUGUCCAGCUAUGGUCCGCCUGGGACACACAUGCGCCAAAAGAAACUGCAACUUUCACCAUCCUGAUGUUGCUGGCCAGUCUGAACAGCUGCGCGAAUCCCUGCAUUUAUCUUGUGUUCAGCAGUCAGUUUCCCAAAAGGCUGGUGACACUCCUGUGCCAGCGGCAGUCCAAUGGGAAAGAUUCAAUGCACGAGGAGGCGACGCUGGUCAGCACAUUGUACAUGAGCUUCAAAAAUGUCUCUGAGUUCAAAUGAGGGUAAACAAAAAACAAAACUGAAUGGAAAAGAGUGUGAAGUCGGUGCGCCUUCAGGAGCUGCUUCUGAGCAGCCUUCACUGCCUUUGGACGACUGUUGCUCUGAGCAGGAGAUGUGAAGACGGGACAUACUGUAUCUCUCUCUGGGUCUCUGACAUAUAAGAAUAUGGUAUGUCAUUAAAGCAGUCACCAAAAGCAACCCAGAAAUGGGUCUCCAUGAGUGACAACUGUGCCCCAGAUGUUGAUGGUGUUUUGCUGGCCUACUCUGGCCAACAUUCUGGGAAAGCAAAGGAUCAGUAUGGGCUCUGUAAAUCGUUGAUUUGGUCCAUGUAAUUACAUUGUUAUGACUAUGGCAGUUUUGAUAUGAUACAUAAAAAUGUCCUUGGGAUUUAAUAGAAGCUGGGUUUGAACUUCAUUAACAUUUUUGCAUUUUCAGAGAGCUUCAGUGAUGUGAUUGAAUUUCAGAUAAAGUUGUUCAGGAUAAAGAAGAACCCAAGAAUUCAGUUGUAUUGUUAUUUUGUGUAUUUGCAAAACUGCUAGUUUGCAUGUGUGGAAACAAGAUGCCAGUAAUUAUACCACAUGAUGACUUGAGCUCAAAUACCUAAAAGUAUAAAAUACUGUAUCUAUCACUUUGUCUUCUAAAGAGAAAGUACGCACAACUGUGUUUUCAUGAAUACAACAGAGAACAAAUACAAACACAUUGUUUACAGCAUGAAAAGCAACAUGUGCUGGACUGAAAAGAAAAGUUAUAACAUAACUUUAUUUAAAAGUUGUAAAAUAACUUUUUCACUUCUAUAAAUGUUCUUUCUUGAAGUCACACUA